GUAGAAGGACCCGCUGCAGGCGCGUCACCGCCUCCCGCUGCUGCUUCCUCGGCUGCUUCUUCUUCUCCAAACUCACCGAAGCCUUUUAGUGCGCGUUUGGCGGCAUGCUGCUGGCCGCGCUGAGCUGCGUGUGCGCCUCUCUGCUGGUGUCCGUCGGCGGGGGGAAAGUGCCCGAAGCCGAGGUGCAAGUAGAAGUCCUGCACAGACCCUUUCUCUGUCACCGAAAAUCCAAGUACGGAGACAUCCUGCUGGUGCAUCACGACGGGUACUUUGAAAACGGGACCAUGUUUCACUCCAGUCGGGCUGAAGGAGACAAGCAGCCGAUGUGGUUCACCCUGGGCAUCAGAGAAGCGAUCAAAGGCUGGGAUAAAGGCCUGCAGGACAUGUGUUCUGGAGAGAAGAGGAAACUCGUUGUACCUCCUGCACUGGCCUAUGGGAAGGAAGGGAGAGGUAAAAUCCCACCCGAGAGCACGCUGACCUUCGUUGUCGAUGUGCUUGAGAUCAGAAAUGGGCCGAGGUCACAUGAGUCCUUCCAGGAGAUGGACCUCAACGACGACUGGAGGCUCUCCAGGGACGAGGUGAAAGUGUAUCUGAGGAAAGAGUUCGAGCGUCACGGCUACCCUCCGAACGACACUCUGCAUGACAACAUGGUGAAGGACAUCUUCGACAAAGAGGAUGACAACAAAGACGGCUUCAUAUCCUCCAGAGAGUUUACUUACCAACACGAUGAACUUUAAAUCCUCGUCGUGUUCCGUGAAGCGCUCCCUCCAUCCGGUGUCUUCCACUUCUGCAGUUUUAUUCCCAACAGAACAUUCCACUUUUACUGAGGCAGUGUGUUGAUCUGCUGUGUGACGGGUAAAAAAAAUCUUGAAGCGUAAAAGCUUUGAACCAGUUUCAGGGAUGU